GAGUCGAGAGAGGCUUACUGUGUGUGUCAUUCUUCCUUUGUUGAAGACGGUACCGUUUUGGUGUUUGUACACAGACAGAAAAUAACUUUUGUGCAGUAAAGCUUUAAAUGACGUGGCUAAAGGAAGGAAAAAGCGUCGAGACCUGACUUGAGCACUGCCUUUUGUAUGUCCAGGAGAUUCCAGUGUGAUGCACUCCAGGGCCUACCUACUGCUAGAGAAGGAGUACCAGGAGCUACGAGAGGCCAAUCUUUAUGGUAUACAUGCAGUGCCAGUCAAUGACAGCCUGUUUCAAUGGCUUGUGGAGAUCGAAGGUUUGAAAGAUUCACCAUGGGAAGGGGGCUCUCUUCAGCUGACACUCCAAUACAAUGAAGAUUACAAUACUGCUCCCCCUAUAGUAAAAUUUACUACUAUUCCUUUUCAUCCAAACGUGGAUAAGCAUUCUGGGAGACCCUGUAUAAGCUUUCUGGAUAAUAAGGAGUUGUGGGAGGCAGGCUUCACAAUGGCCACUGUCCUUCUGGCUGUGCAGGUCUUGCUGUCCAACCCAGUGACAGAGGAUGCUGUAAAUCUGGAGGCUGCUGAAAUGUGCAGGACCAACCCAUCAUUGUUCACAAAAGUGGUGCUGGACUGUGUCAGCAAGAGUAAGCGGAUCAAAGAUGAACCGGACCUUGGUGAAAAUUCUUCGCCUAAUUUAUUUUCGAAAUACCUUGGAACUACUGAGCUAGACACAUGUGUGAAGAGUGUGUCUUUCGCAGACUACAUAAAGACAUGGUCUGGUAUUGCAACAUCAAAGGCCACACAGGAUCUAAGCAAUCCAGUUACUCUUUGUUCAGUUCAUCCAAGUCAGUCAGCUCUGCAUUAUGGUUUACAGGACAUGGGAGUGGCAGAAGAAAUGAAGGCACAGAAUACAGAGUUCAGUACUAUUAUAUAUGGAUCACCUGUGAAACCCCAAAAAGUUGGCAUAACAAAUGAUGAGAAGAUGGCGAGAGUGAAGAGAAUAACGAGGAUUCAUCUACAGACUAGAACACCAGACUCCUUUGGUUCACCACAGGCAGUCAGCACUAGAAAAGCAAAGGAGCGAGAUAACGAAGACCUCUGGGAGACAGAAGUGGACAAUCUAAUCGCAUGGACCAACACUCUCUGCUAUGCAGAAGACUAAAGGGGGACCAUCACAGGCUUAUUUAAACACUGUUUUGUUUUACAACUGAGACAGACCAUGUGAUCAUUAUGUGAGGCGAAAUGGAGAUAUUUUAUUUUAUUUCUACAUCCAUCCAUUUUUGAAACUGCCUUGAGUAUUAAAGAAAUCAAAGAUGUGUCAGAAGGUACCUUAGUAAUACUGGACAAAAAGCAAGAGGUAAUCUGAAGAUGGGGAUGCCAAUCCAUUAGUCACUGGGCACACCACCUAGUCCUUAAUUAUAUGUGAAGGAACAGGAGUACCUGGUGACAACUGACAGGAACACGUAGAGAACAUACAGACACACAUUAACAAAGUCCUGCUGAGAACUGAACCAGGUUGCAUUGCAUUACUGAAUUUUUAUAAUUAGCGUAGAGUGAACAUGGCACUUCCCAUGAGGAAAUAAGAAGUCUGUCUUUAACAUAUGACGGGUGCUCACAAAUCCUUUCUGGCCUUGCUCUUAGAUGUUAGCAGAAUAGUUUAGUCAAAUCAGUUAUCACAUCUUACAACAAUUGUCUUCCACCCUUCUAUUUAUAAACCUUUUUUACUCCUGGUCAGAGCCUACAAUACCAGCAUCGAGUGCAAGGCAGGCACAAACUUUGGAUGAUGUGCCAGUCCAUUGUAGGGCAAGUUCACACUCUACAUACUCUUAGAGAUCUUUGUGUUGUAGGGGGAUAGUAGCAAAAGAGUUUUUAUUAACCCAGUAUUUUUGGUUUUAUAUGUUUUUCGUUGGUAAAUCGGACCACACAUUGUUCCUCCUGGAUCUGAGGUUCAACUGUCAGACAGAGCGUCUGUUUCUGUUAUCCCAGCAUAGUUUUUCACAAGGAGGCCAGAAGGCGUCAUUCCUGUGGCAUCACGUGGAAGGUGCUUCAUAUUGAAGGUGUUUCAAGGCCACUGCUGUGUGUUUUCAGUUUCCCUUGUGUGCAGAGCGAGGGCUGUGUCUGCAUACCUGGUGUCAGGUCAAAGCUGUUUAGCAGGUUCAUUGGAAUUCAUUAAAGAUGCUUCUGGUCUUCUCUUGAAUUUGAAUUUCAUGAAGUUUUAGGCUGCAGAUUUGUCAGGUAUCCAGUGUGAUAACUGAAGGAUUGCUUCUCUUCUUUUUGUAGAUGAUGUUGAGCCGUGAGCCCUCAUCAGAAAAUAGUGGCAAGGCACUUCCACAAAGAGAAUGCUAGAAGUUAAUGACAAGUGCAAAAUAGUAGAAAGGACACACAACAAUAGUAAAGCAAAAGUGUACAUACAUCAGAAUCCCAGAAUAAUUAUAACAGAUUCAAUAUCUUGGGUGCUUUGGCAGCAUCUCAUAAUUCUCCCAGAG